AAUAAUCAUUUCUUGUGCAGCGGCAGUUAAAUAGAAAAUUCAACGGCAAACACCGAAGUUGUCCCGUCGAUUCCCUAUCGCCGGUGAGUGAUCGUCGUCGGAGAGAGUCGCCGGAGAAUACACACGUGGCAGGGAGAAUCAAAGUGGAAGCGCCGACGACAUUAAGCACAAUGGAGUCUCACGGCGCCGGGAUCCGCCGUGUUAUGGUCCUCGCCUUUUGUGUCGCCGGCAUUUGGUCUGCUUAUAUUUACCAAGGCGUUCUGCAAGAGACUGUGUCAACUAAGCGGUUUGGCCCAAACAAAGAGAGGUUUGAACACUUGGCAUUCCUGAACCUGGCACAAAAUGUAGUAUGUCUGAUAUGGUCAUUUAUGAUGAUAAAGAUUUGGUCAAGCGGAAACAGUGGUGGUGCUCCCUGGUGGAGUUACUGGAGUGCUGGCAUUACAAAUACUAUUGGACCAGCAAUGGGUAUUGAAGCGCUAAAAUAUAUUAGUUAUCCUGCACAGGUCCUGGCAAAAUCAUCAAAAAUGAUUCCUGUAAUGCUCAUGGGCGCAAUAGUUUAUGGCAUAAGAUAUACAGUUCCAGAGUAUGUGUGCACACUACUUGUUGCUGGUGGAGUAUCAAUGUUUGCACUUCUAAAGACUAGCUCAAAAACGAUAAGUAAGUUGGCGCACCCCAAUGCUCCAGUUGGAUAUGGGCUGUGCUUCCUGAACCUCACCUUUGAUGGUUUCACCAAUGCUACUCAGGAUUCGAUUAAAGCAAGGUACCCUAAGACAUCUGCUUGGGAUAUUAUGUUAGGAAUGAAUUUAUGGGGUACCAUUUACAAUAUGAUCUUCAUGUUUGGCUGGUCAAAUGCCAGCGGAUUUGAGGCGGUUCAAUUCUGUAAGCAGCACCCAGAAGCAGCGUGGGACAUUCUUAUGUACUGUCUAUGUGGUGCUGUUGGCCAGAACUUCAUUUUUCUAACCAUUAGCCGAUUUGGUUCACUGACUAACACAACCAUCACCACAACGCGCAAGUUUGUUAGCAUAGUCGUGUCAUCUGUGUUAAGUGGCAACCCAUUGUCCACAAAGCAAUGGACAAGCGUCAUCAUGGUCUUCUCAGGAUUGUCAUUCCAGAUAUAUUUGAAGUGGAGGAAGUUACAGAGGAUGCCAAAGAAGAAGAAGUCGAAUUAACAUAUUAGUAUAAUUUUGUAAGUGAUGUAAAAGGUUCAGUAGUUAAACCUUUUUCUCCCCUUUUAAAACUCCAGUGUACCGGAAGUUACAACGCUUCCAUUUAUAGGCCAUGUAAUUAAGAAGAAUUACACAAAUAUAUAAAAG